AUGUCAAGUGCUUCCUCGAAGGAUCAGCAAACUGUAUCACUAGAAGCUCGUCUGAGUCGAUUAGACGAGGUUGAGCGCAAGAUUAUGUUAAUUAUGCAGCAUGCUGGGAAUGCACUGGACGAACUCUCUAAGGAUCGUCCCACAGUCAAGCAAGUUGAGAACCAUACCCACAAUUUCCGUGUCGUUCUGAAAGAAGUGGAAGCGGAAAUGAACGCUCAUAUAAACUACUUGAAUCAGAUUUCCGCAGGUCUACCCUAUGAAGGCACUACGUAUGCCGAAGCGAUUGAUUUGUAUCAAGCAGUUGAUCGGUUACUUCUGGUGAAAUCCAAGCUGUAUUCUCUGCUCUGA